CUUUCGUCCUCUCACACCAACACCGCCAGAGACUCCAGCAGCCAGAGAAGAAUGACAGCAAAACAAACGUAAAGAGCUGCAGUAUAUCCAGCAUGAGGCUAGUUUAAAGCAACAUGCACACUGAAUGCUCACACAAUACCUACACCCUUCAGUUGAAACAGACAAAAUGCCAAGCGUCAAACCCAAGAAAAAGAAGAUCAAGAAGGAGAUCAAUGAAGUUGAGGAGCCAGAAGCAGGGCCUGAGCCAGCUAUAGAAAUGGAGGGUCUGGAGAGCCGCAGACAGUCUGAAAGCAGAGAGCCGCUGACCCCUGAGCCUCACGACAAUCCACCACUGAAGAAGAAGAAGAAAAAGAAGACACAUACUUUUGAAAAUGAGGGUGAACAGCAAGACCACCCCAAUGGAGAUGUUCAAGAGUCCCCUACAGAUGGUGAAGAAGUCACCAAAAAAAGCAAGAAGAAAAGGAAGAAUAAGAUGAUGGAAAACCAGUCUCACAAUGAGCUCGGUGUGGAGGAAGAUGACAUCAUCACAGAUGUGCAUGCACCGAUAUCUCAGCGCUCUCUGUUCUCUGCCCCUCUGAGUCACAGUCAUCCUAUUGGAAAAGUGUUUGUGGAAAAGAACCGCCGCUUCCAAGCAACUGAUUUAUCCCAUGACCAUCUGGAGGAGUACAUGGAGGUCAGACCUAUGUGGAACACACGAGAUGUGGCCAUGAGGGUUCACAGCGGCUUCAGGAUCAUUGGACUCUUCUCUCAUGGAUUUCUGGCUGGAUAUGCGGUGUGGAAUAUUAUUGUGGUGUAUGUGUUGGCUGGAGAGCAGAUGACCACACUACCCAACCUUCUCCAGCAGUACCACAGUCUGGCUUAUCCAGCACAGUCUCUGCUCUACCUCCUGCUGGCCAUCAGCACUGUGUCAGCCUUCGACAGGGUAAAUCUGGCUAAAGCCUCCAUGGCUCUUCGAGGAUUUCUCACUCUUGAUCCAGCCGCUCUUGCUUCUUUCUUAUACUUUGCUGCACUAAUCCUGUCUCUAAGCCAACAGAUGACCAGUGAUCGUAUACAUCUCUACCCCACAGCCAAUGAAACACUUUGGCCUCCAGGUUUAGAACAUCAGAUUCUGCAGCCCUGGAUCGUGGUGAACCUGGUCGUGGCUCUGCUGGUUGGUUUGGCCUGGGUGUUUGUCGCUACACGGCCAGACAUGGACUACACUGAAGAGUUUUUAAUGGCGAUGGAGGUGGAGGAAUAUCCACGUCAUGAUGACAAACAUGAGCUGGCAGCCUGAGAGACUGCUGCAAGAUUUAUUAGCGGUCAGAAAUUAACAUUAAACUUUGUUUUGUGCUAAAUGUUGUAAGGUAAACCUUUUGUAUAUUACUUUAUUAUUGAGCUUGUUAUAUAGGUAAAGAUUGUGUAAAAAUAUAUUAAUAAACGUUUUUGUUAAGUUGGCU